AUGUCCAACAAUUACACUUGCGUUCCCGCCAUCAAAUGGCUGGUUAGAACCCUCCAUAGCGAAAACGUCGAAGCCGAUGGAAUUGCCACCUGGAAUGCAAUCCUGAAUCUGCGAUUCCCAUCUACACAAGGCUUCUUCAUCCGCCUAUACGCCCACAGCGCUGUGCGUGGAUGUCCAGGCUGGAUUGAGCUUCAACUUUCCCACGUGAAAGAUGGCCACCAGAAUCCAGUUCUUGUGGUGUACUACCAGCGUGCUGAUAGGGAGAAUGAUGAUCAGUGGGAAAAUGGACAGAGAGAGCUGCAGCUGUAUCUUGCGUUUCGGUAUCGCAACUUCGCGGAAGAUGCAUCGCCUAUCUAUGGCAUCCUUGCUAUCGGGGCCAAGUUGAAGAUCUUCCAGUACGACAAUCCCUCUCGAAGUAUCGAGCGAUUUGUUCCACCUUGGGAUUUGGAGCGCCACGAUGAGCAGGUUUGGAAUAUGCUCAGAAAAAUCAGCAGGAAUCACACCGGUAACGGGGUCGGUGAAACGAGAGGCAUCAAGGCUGAGUCCGGUGGACAGAGAAACGAGGAACCGAAGAAUGUUUUGAGGGAGAGUCACGCAGUUUGA